UUAAGCAAUAUUUUCUUCUCACAAAUAUUUUGGGAGGAUUUGCUGCUUGUGUCAUUUUACAGGUGAACUUUUUCAUUUUUUUAUUUGACCCAAACCUUGCCUUCAUUCUUGGUUUCCUUGUUCACUGAAUUAUUGCAAGUGAAAAAGAAAAAUAAUCAAUCACAUCCUGAAAGAAACUCAUUAAUUUGAUAGUCAUUCUUCUAUGAUCUCUCUCUCUCUCUCUCUCUUCCUCUUUCAGAAAAUAAUUACAAAAAGAGAGAGGGUAACAUUGGGAGAAUAGAGAAAUAGAGAGGGAUGUUGGUGAAUAUUAUCAUAUAAAAUCUGCAUAGAGUGUCCAUGGAGUAUUCAUUUGAAAACUAAUUGAGUAAUUGUUUACAUGUAUUUCCCGAUCAUCGAACAUUCAAAUGAUUUUACCUCCGAAUAAUCCCACAUUAUGAUUGAUCUUUCAAAUCUUCUUUGUAAUUCUAUACUAUCUGCGUACUUCAGAAAACAAAAUUCUUUCUCUUCUCUUAGUUAAAAGCUUCCUCUCUGACUCAAGAAACCAAUUAGACAAGAAAAAAAAUUAGCUGCGAUUACAAUGCCACCAAGAGUGCUUGUUGGUAAUUGACUCUAGUUUUCAUCUUUUGAAGAAAAAAAAAACACUUAUUGUGAUUGUAUAUUUGAAGUCGAUUGUGUUGUCACUCUAAAAGAGUAAGUUUUAUUGAAAAUUUCUUACUGGAAUUCAAAAUUUCCAAAUUGUUUACUAUAUCUUUUGUCAUCAUAUCAGGAGGGGGGAAGGGGUUUCCCAGUUGCAUGCAGUAUUUAUUGUAUCACCACAUUGGUUAAAUCAUGCCAAUGUCAUGUGAUCUGACGUGAUCUAAAAUCGGGAGUAUUGUCUGAGUCUUUGUGAAACACUCCCCUUUUCAGGGCCCUCUGACAUAAAAGGUAAAUUCAAUGGUAAAAUUCAUCAUAACUAAUUAUAUGGUAAGCUAUAAAAGAGGAGCUAUCAGUUCUAAACAUUUAUUAAUCAUAAGACUAAUUUUAUGAUUGAUUACAUUAAUAUUUAAUGUAAAAAUCAAUUGUACAAUCUUACUAAUUUAGUUUGAUGUUUCCCAGGUUGAUAAAACAUACACAAUAACAGAUUAUAACACAAUUUAUCUGUUAUCACAGUUAAAUUCAAUUCCUCAAGCUCAUAUAAAUUAAUUUCAGUAAUACUGAUAGGUUUUACAUACCUGUAUUUUUCAUAAUCGCUUGUAGAUUUGCAGAAUAUGUCUAGAACAGCGGUGUUCACGAAUGGAAGGUCUAAGAAAGCAAUGAAGCUUCCAUUAAAGUAUAAAAGAGUUGCAUGUUCAAGUGAUAUUUAGAUUGUCAUUAAUGUAAUAUAUCUUUCUCAUCUACAUCCAACUUGUUUUAUACAUCUAGUAACCUAGAAACAUUAUCUAUACUGAUAGUUCUUCUGUCUCCUUUUUGAAUAAAAUUCUUCCUUUAUGCAUCUCUUUAGUUUUAUUAGCCAAUACAGUCAUGUUAAAAUACUUUUUGUAUUUUUUGUUCUUAUAGGUGAAAGUCCUGACUAAAGAGUGGGCUUCCAAGUGGAAGGAAACACAGAACCUUCUUGAGGAACGGACGCUAGCCCUGAGGUCAGAAGGUGUCGGGGUGGUGCUGGACUCGGAGCUUCCUCAUCUGAGUGUGAUUGAUGAUGAUCCGUUGAGUACUGGUCUUAAGCUCUACCAUAUCAAGGAAGGAACCACCACUGUAGGUCACCAAGAUGCUGAUAAUAAAUGUGAUAUCAUGCUAAUAGGCCAUGACAUCCACGAUGAGCAUUGUCGUAUUGUGUGUACCAAUGGUAAGGUGGUAUUACACUCAAUCCAAGGGGCAGACUGUGCAGUCAAUGGCAAGGCUAUCACGGAACCAACCAAGCUUACACAAGGUUGUUUUCUGUCUAUCGGUCAGAGCAAUCUCUUCCGCUUUAAGCACCCUGCUGAAGCUAGGAGAUUAAGAAAAGAACUGAAAUCCAAAUCCAUGAACGAUCUCUCUCUCUACCGAUCCAUGGACAAUCUUCUUGCACCGUUGUCCUUUUCUCCGUUUGGCCUUGAAAUUAGACAAAAGAACCAAGAGGAAUGGAAUAGAUUAAACUUAAAGAGGUCAGAGAUCCAGGAGCUUGAAGAGAAGCACAAGCAGCAGGAGGCAGCCCGGAUCCAGGAGCAAGAAGCCCAGGAGCGGAGCCUGGCCGAACGUAUGUCGACACUGGACCGGCUCCGGGAGGAAGGGGAGACGGCCCAGCAGGAGACGGCCGAGGCAGAGCGGAGGCUGGAGCAUGAGAGGCGGAGACUGAAGCGACAGAGCAUUGACAUCAUGCAGCAGUUGGAGGAGUUCCAAAAGGAGAAGACCCGACAUCAGAGGGAUAUUGAGGAGCGGCUCAAGGAGCUGGAGAGUGAGAGAAACUCCUUAGAUCAGAUUAAGAGGAUGGUGGAUACGCAGAUGGAGAAGAAUAGACAAGAAAUGGAAGAGGACCUAAAUGCAGAAAAGGCUCAAUUGUCUGCACUUGAACACAAAAGGGCGGGAGAGGUAUCUAAGGCUAUAGAAGAAUUGGCCAAAGAGAAGCAAGAGCUAGAGCGUCAGCUAGAGGAACAUGAGAGGAAACAUAAAGAAGAUCUGAGAUUGGUGGAUCAGAAGGAGGCUAAGAUGAAACAGGCAAUGAAGAAGCUACAAGAUGAGGUUAACAUGAAGAAGGAGAAGCUACAGCAAGAAAGGGACGAAGAGCGCCAUUUUCUCCUGGUGGAGAAAGAGAAGCUGGAGGCACUCCGAGCCAAGCAGGAGAUUGCUCAGAAGAUCUCUUCCCAGAUGGAAGAUUCAGUCAAACAAAGAUUAGCCAGGGAAAGCAGUGAGAUUGCCAAAGCUAGGGACCAGUUUGAAAAGUUGAAACAGACGCAGCUGGAUGCCAUCGAAGAAGAGGAGAAAAACAUUCAGUCCAAGGCAGAGUUCUUGAUAGGACAGAUCUGGGAGAAGAGAUCGCGAUUAGAAAGUGAAAAGAUAGAGUUGGAUGACAGGGAGAGAGAAGGGCAACAAAGGCUGGAUAAUGAUUUGUUUACAAGUGUGGAAGAGAAGGAUCUGCUGGAGAGAACUUUGAAAGAGGUCAGCAAGAGAAGGAGAGCUGUUCUUGAGGAAAGAGACUCUUUGGACGAUGAGGAAAAGAAAGUGGAGAAGGUGAUUGAGGCAGAGUUUGUGGUCCUCGAGCAACAGAAGCAAAAAGAUGAGAAGCUAUUAGAGGAGGAGUGGAAGAGCCUUCUCCAGAUUGAGGCGGCAAACUUGGAGUUCAUUGAACAGGAAGUGGUGGAUAGGACAAUGGGCUGGGAAAAGCAGAAGACAAAGCUGACUAAUAUGGAGAAACAGCUCAAGAACUACCACCAGCAACAGAAUGACUUGAGCAACCAGCAGCAGGCAGCUGUUGGGAAGCUUGAAACGGAGAGGACAACCAUCAAGAAUGAGUUCCAUCAGUUGGAGCAUGGUCUCCAGAAAGAGAUCGGCCAUCUGGAGCAGAAGAUCAUCGAGAUUGACUCCCAGGAUGCAGGAGGGGCUGCCAUCAAGGACCAGAAGGUCAAGGUGGACAGCAUGGAACACAAACAGGCAGAGAUCCUGGAGAACUACCAAGAGAAACUCAAGUCCAGUGAAGCAGAACUAGCCAGGGUCUUAGAGGAGAUCACUAAGGAGAGAUCGAAGUUGGAUGAACUCAACCAGACUGGUAGCUUCAUGGAAGGACAAUUCAGAGUAGAGCAGAAGAAACUCAACUCUAAACUAGAGAGUGUUCAAAUCCUUGAGGAACAGAUGCAGCAGGCCGAGCAAGAACUGGUAAAGAGAAGAGAAAACUUUGAAGAGGAGCGAAAGAGAGAGCUUGAAAGAAUAGAGGAGGAGAAAAGUAAACUCAGUGAUCUUGAGAAUCAGGAAAGAAUAAACCGACUGGUGGAGGAGGAGGUAAAGAAGAGACUCCUAGAAGAACAGAUGGAACGUGAGAAUGCCAUCCUAGUGGAAAAGGAGAGGGAAAAACUUGAAAGAGAACAACAGCUGACAGCCAUGAGGGUGGCUCAUGAGAGAGAGAUGAGUGAAAUGAGACAUCAACUAGCUAUGAGGAGUCAUUCCCUUGCUGAUUUGAGGACAUCUAUCCUAUCAUUGAAUGCCAACGCUGACAGCUCUCCAGAGGAAAAUCAUAAUAGAAUAUCGAAUCUAACAUUCAUUGAGACGCCUCACACCGCAGCCCUUGACAACCCCAUUCAGAUCACACUUCCGAGGUUUAUGCAAAGAGGACAUGGAUGGGAUUCAUACUUUGUCUUUGAAAUACAUGUGAAAGUUAUAAAUGAAUCCUGGAUUGUUUUCAGGAGGUAUAGGAGAUUCAGGGAGCUUCAUGAUUAUUUGAGAAGGAAAUACAAAGAGGUGAAUGCCUUACAGUUUCCACCUCGUCGUCUUUUUGGUAACAAAUCAGAGAGGGUAGUGCUAAGGAGAAGGAUGGAAUUAGAGAGAUAUCUCCAAAACCUUAUGCAAGUAUGUAUGAAGAUCCCAAAGUGCCCCAUUGCUCCUGGUCCCGGCCGCGUCAUCUCAAAACAGGUUCUCUGUGAGUGGUCACCGUUCUUCCGCAAAGGUGCCUUCGAUAUCACUAAGUACGGAACCGGGUGAUGUAAACAAUAUCACUGAAGAACAAUUUUGAAAUCUGAACAGAACUUGCCAAAAAAAGUAAAUGAUUCCUACGUCAAGAUGUUACUGGUGUAUUAUGAUCAGUGCUUCAGGAAUUUACGCCUCGCUGUUGACCUUGCCAUAUUUUGUCUUGAAAAAUGGAACAAAUACAGUGGAUUUUUCAAGUUUCUUUUUUUUUUGUCUGUAUAUUGUUUAUGUUAUUUCACCCGACUGCUAUAGAGAAAGCAUAAAUGCUUGUAAAUACACAAUCUUCCAGAGGACCAAUGACUUCACAUCUUCUCUAAGGGACCUGGUAAUUUGGAUCAAUUCUUUACCAAGGGUUGCUACUGCAUUGACUUGUUUCAAACCCUGGUUGCUAUAUGUUGAUGAGACUCUAUCAGCUGAAGCUUGAGCUAUAAUGUAUUUUCAAAUAAGGUAUGGUCAUAUGAUGUAAUGUAGACUUGCAAUUCAAUUCUAAUAUACCUAUAUGUUAACCCAUUAAACACAAUUUGAUUUCUGCAUAUUACAAAUUUUCCAAAGGUUUAACCAAAGUUAUCUAGAGCAUGGGGCUUAAAAUUUUAGUAAAUUUUGGGUCACACUCAUUCCUUGGAUAAAAUUUAGAUUAUCGGGCUCAUAUUGAUCAUCAUAUUAGAAAUACAAGUAUUUAAGAAAUGUGUUUGAAAUAUCAUCCUCUCUACAGAGUGAUUAUAAAAGGUAAUUUCUUUUUCAUUGCACUCCAAAUCACAGAUCAAUCAUAAUUGUAACCAGAUUGAUUAUAAAAGGUAAUUUCUUUUUUCAUUGCACUCCAAGUCACAGAUCAAUCAUAAUUGUAACCAGAAUGAAUCUAGUUGAAAAUCCUUUCAUUUACAGCACUUGUUCUAUAAUUAAUGCAGUUCUGAACCAAAAGAACAACAGUAAAGCCAGCACACUACACAAUCCACUGUGAUUUGCAGCAAAGCAGAUUUCUGAUUUUAGUAUUCUUGGCAUUAUGCCAAACUUGAAAUGAAGUAAUUUUACCUAUUGGCACUUUCAUAUUUCAUGUAAAGUGCAAUUUAUUUUAAAAUCUUGUUGUCGGAUUGUGUAGUAUGUGGCAAGCUUAAGAGUGUACAGUCCGUAAUUGACUAGGGCAAGUAAACAUAGAUUGCUUUAUAUUCAUAAUAUGCAUAGUAUAUAAUAUAUAUGCACCAAUAAUGAAAAGACUACUUAAUCUUGCAUUACAAUCCUUUCACCAUUGAUAUGAAAAGAAAAGCAACUGUUAGACAUGAAAUCUUCUAAUUUGUAAAAUACUGAAAUACUGUGUUGUCGAUCCCUUUAUGAUCAGAGAAAAAGGCUUUCAUCUACUUUGUGUAAUUUGUAUUUAUCAUGAUGAUAAUUUCUACUUAAUGCAUUUCAUUGUUUCCAUGUGUUUUUUUAUGAAAUUGGGUUUAUGUGAACCUGCUACCUGUUUAGCAGUUUUAUUUGCAAUAGUAAUUAGCCUUUGCUGACUUUGGAAAGGAUUUCUGCAAAAUAGAGGCAAUAGUGGGCUGUGUGUAAUAGAUAAUCAAGAUUAUAUGAAAUUAAGUUUAAAAAAAAACUUUGUUUAAUGUGCUAGAAACGUGUGCUAAUAAAAUGCACCGCUCUUUCAUUUUUAAUAGAAAACAGAGUAGCACAUGUGUUUUAAAUGAUAAAUCCUUGCAUCUAAUUGGCUGAUGCAAUUUUAUUAGAGAGAAAAAGCACCAACAAAAUGCUUUAUGAAAUGUUCCCUGGUUUUGUUAUAGAAGUGGUGGUCUGGGUUAGGGUAGGGCAUGUUUUCUACCCCCUUCCCCCCGAUUAUUUGAUCCAGAAGUCUUAUCCACUUUCACAUAUGAUCAGUCUGUAAUCGAGAAAUUUUACCUUUCAUCAUUACCGCCUGAAUUGAAAACUGUUAGAAUGACCAGAAUACUAUAUAAAGUACAAUUUUCUAGUUAGCUUAUCACAUAAUAUCCAUCAAGGACACAAUGAAACAGAAAUGAAAGAGCAUAUGACAAAGAUAUUGUAAAUUUUUUACUCCUCCUUUAUUUACUUUUCUUUAAUUUUUUUUUGGGGAUGCAAUAGCAGAUUUUGGCUCUGAAUAAUAUUAUGGUAUAUUAUGUAAUCUUUAUUGUUAAUGAUUUAUCUAACAUAAUAAUACAAAAUGUUCAUUGUAGUUGCAUGACUGUCGGACUGUCCACUUUACUAUGACUACUGCUAUAUAAGGAAAUAUUCAGAAAUCUUGUUAUAAAAAGUUUUUUAAGGUUUUCUCACCAGUUUUAUGACCCUGAUUAGAUUAUAUUUUGUAUUUUACAAGAAAGUUCCAUCCUCAUGGCAUGUGAAGAAAGAAAUAAAUAUUUAAAUGGUGUAUGUUUUAAAGAAAAUAUAGUCCCUGCAAUGCUCAUAUAUUAUUGUGAGAAAACUAUUAUAUCAGUGACUAUAAUGAUCAUAUCGCUUAAAGGGGCAAUUUGUUAGCAAUUGAAUGAUAUGGGCCAAGUAGAAUCAAAGUAUCAUUCAAAUGAUAACAUUUUAAAAUGAUUACGUUUUUGUUGUCACCAAUUCAAUAUUUGUUCUCCUAAAAAUAUUUCAUAUUUGAGUUUCCUUUUUAAAUAUGGGUUGAACACAUACUUAUUGUGUUUUUGUCUUAUCAAUUCAACUCAGAUUCUGAUAUGUAUAGCUUAUAGUGUCACCACAGGUUGGAGAUUCAAAGAAUUAUCCAUUACAAAAGCAAUGAGAGCUACUUAUAUAUAGAUUAUUAAUGUAUUGAUAUAUGUACUAGUAUUGUUUAUGUUCAUUGUGUUUUGUUAUCGGUUCAUGUGUGCAGUUGUUAUUUUAAAUGUUAUUUAUGUAGCUAAUCAUUUUUGCUGCAGUCUUAAUUUAUUCUGUUAAUGUUUGUUUUAAGUUUGAUGAAGUUAUAAAAGUUCGGUACUUGAUCCAUAUGAAUAAUAGUCAUAACAACUUUAAAUCUUGUUUUGUUUUUGUUUUUAUUUAUUAUUAGGGGGUAUAUUUUUAAGGGGGACGGGGUAUAGGAUAUAAAAUAGAUUGAUGGAAUUCAUUAAGGUGGUUGAGAUUUAGAUCAUGGACUUUUCAUAUUUUGUGGGAUGGGUACACUUCAUUUAUCUUGUUUAGCAUGUUCCUACCAUAUUGUUUGCAUUGUAAACUUUGAAUUACAACUCAUUCAUUUUAAUAAUUGUAUAACAUGUGAAAUUACAAAUUCCAGGCAUGGAAUUAGUCUCCUAUUCACAAACCUCAAAUAAAAAGUAUCAUACCUCACACCACAUACAUAUGUAUGUACAUACAGUUGAGGCCAAAAGUUUACAGACACCCAUGGAAUUCACUGAAAUUUAUUCACUUGCCAAACAUCCUAAAAUUUACUAUAUCUUCAGAAAUAUAAAUACUACCACGAUGAGUUUGUUAUCAAAUGAAAGAGCAUAUUAAGCUCUUUCACAUAAUUGGGAUGACGUUGGGAUUAAAGUAUGUUUCAGGUAAAAUUUUCUUUGAAAAAAAAAGAAGUAAUAUUCAUGCCAAAUGUAUUCUAUUGAUUGUUAUUAUAUUUUCAAACAUUGUUUCACAAAAAUAGAGACAUGUCAAAUCUAUUAUUUAUAUUACAUUUUCUAUCAAGAUAUGUCACCAUUGAACUAAAAAGUGUAAUCUGAAAUGUUUGUGUUGAGAAGAAACUAGCACAAAUAUGAAAUUUUUUUGUCAAGGUUUUAUUUCAAGUUUGUCUAAAAUAUGAAGAUUUUUGGGGAAAAAAUGACACCUCAAUAUUUUUCAGCUCCUGAUGACAAAGCAAUGUGAAGAAGGGGCAUGAUAUACUAAUUUCUUUUAUAUCAAAUUUAUCAUGAUAGCACAAAUAUUUUAUAAGAUACAGUAAAUUUUAUGAUGUUUUGCAAGUGUCAACUUUUCUUUUAAUUCCCUGGGUGUACGUAAACGUCUGGCCUCAACUCUAUAUGUUUCAAAUGUUUCAAAAUGUAUUUUAACAAUGUAUUUUAACACUAUAUCAGGCAAAUGUUUUUCAGUGUCUAUAAAAUCAUUUUAUGUGAUAUUCAUCCCACUUAUGUCAACAUUUCAAAUUUACUAGAUUUUUUUUCCAUUUAAGAAAAAAAGGCAUGCUGCUUUUUUUUUCUAAAUUGCUAUGAAAAUGUCAGUGCAAUAAACAGUGCGUAUCAUAAUUAAGGUAAUUUAUAUUUAGAGGGCUAAACUAUAAGAAGAUAUCGAAUAUUACUAGCUGAACUUUUCAGAAUAUGAAUAUUUUUUCUUGUAUCACUAACAUCAUUGGUAACUGAAUUCAUUGAUCUGAAUGACAUUUUUUCUGAGUUUUUGUAAAAGUGCAUGGAAACUGGUGAUUUAGUCAGAAAAUCCACCUUUCGGCCUUGCAUUCAUGGACAUAACCCCCCCCCCC